AUGUCACCGGGAGCCAUCUCACCACUUAGCAAGGUGAAAGCCCUUACCUUUGACGUCUUCGGCACCGUCGUCGACUGGCGUUCAUCUGUUACUGAGGAGCUCACCUUGAGAGCCCAUCGCAAGCUGUCUUCCGACCUCCCUCAACCUCUCAAAUCCCGCCUAGAAGAACUGAAAGAAGAUGACUGGGGCCGCUUUGCCCAGGAGUGGCGGAACUCCUACAGCAAGUUCACACUUGGCUACGACCAGAAGAAGGACUCCUGGAAGAGCAUCGACCAACAUCACCAUGACAGCCUCGUCGACCUUCUCAAGAGCUGGAACCUGACUGGCCUAUUCAGCCCCUCCGAGAUCGAAUCCCUCAGCCUCGUCUGGCAUCGCUUGACACCGUGGCCCGACUCAUCGGACGGAAUCCGAGAGCUGGGCAAGAUAUACAAGACCAGCACGCUCUCCAACGGAAACCUCGCCCUGCUCAGAGACCUCAACGACUUUGGAAACCUGGGCUUCCACGGGUUCCUCUCAGCCGAAAACUUCAAGACGUACAAGCCAGACCCGACCGUCUACCUCGGCGCAGCCCGCGAACUGGGCGUCGAGCCGCACGAGGUCGCCAUGGUGGCGACCCAUCUCAACGACCUUGCCGGCGCGAGGGCAUGUGGCUUGAGGACGGUAUACGUGGAGCGCCCGGACGAGGAGGCAUGGGCCAAGGACGACGAGAGGUAUCAGCAAGCCAAGGACUGGGUCGACCUCUGGAUCACGGAGGAGGAGGAGGGCUUACUUACCCUUGCCCGUAAGCUCAAAGAGCUAGCCUGA